AUGUCAUCCAAGAACGACAAACUGAUGCACAACUUGUCGUCAAAGGAGCUAACGGAGGAACAAAUGCAGGUUUUGCGGCAUGAAGCCUCAUUCAACGCAGCCGAUGCCAAACCUGCCAACAUGAUCGCAGCAGUGGAAUCAAUCCUCAGCCAGACGGGAGCGACAGACAAAACGAAGAACCUCAUUCGACACCAAGUGUCCUCCCUCCUCAUGGCUCAUAGGCCGCGCGACGUGCUUUCCAAGGUCGAGCGCGAUGCACUUAAGGAAUUCAAGGUAGACAACGACCUCGUUAUCGUGCCUGCGGACAAGGGGCGUUCAACGGUCGUAUUGGACAGGACAGACUACAAUCAAAAAGCCAAAAGCUUGUUGGAGGAUCAUCAGUCCCAUGUCCCAUGCGAAUCAAACCCCAUAAAAACGCUGACACGCGAGAUUAACACGACGCUGUUGGCAAUGGAGAACUCCGGCGCAAAAUCGCCAAUCGACCGACGCAUGGCGAGAGCAAAAGAAACGGCCCUAGCCCGAUUCUACGGUCUCCCAAAAGUGCACAAAGAGGGCGCUCCUCUCCGGCCUAUCGUAUCACUAAAGGGCACUCUAACCUACGGACUGGCAAAGUGGCUGUUCCAACGUCUCCAGUUUCUGACCUCCGAUUCGAACACCACAGUCAGCUCGUCAACGCAAUUCUUGGAGAAACUUAAAGGAGUAAGUCUCCUGCCAAGCGGUGUCAUGGUUUCCUUCUAUGUCACGUACCUUUUUACUUCUAUCUCACAGGACCUGGCAGUCGAGACCAUCGAACUACUUCUGCGAGAGAAAUACGACGAAACGGAGAAUCGCCUCGGACACGCCCAAAUCAUCCAGCUCCUGAAUUUCUGUCUCAAGACGUACUUUACGUUCGAGGGAACAAUCUACGAGCAGGUGAAGGGAACGCAAAUAGGUUCGCCGAUUUCCGGACUCGUAGCCGGGGCGGUCCUACAACAGCUGGAGUCGCUGGUUUUCCGACACCACAGACCGAAAUUCUGGGCUCGGAAUGCGGAUGACACCUUCGUCGUCAUCGAACGGGAUCAGGUGCUGACAUUCAAAGAACAUCUCAACGCCGUCUUCCCGGACAUUCAAUUCACGAUGGAGAAGGAGGAGGAGGAGGAGGAGGAGGAAAACAACCAGCUGGCCCUCCUGGAUGUCCUCGUCUGCCGCAAAGAUUGUGGUGGCCUAAAAACCAAAGUGUUCAGGAAAGCGACAAAUACGACGCAAAUAAUGAACUUCAAUAGCAACCACCCGAGCAGCCACAAACGCAGUUGCGUAAGGGCGCUAUACCGGAGCGUUGAGACGCACUGCAGUGAAAUGGAAGGCAAUAUCUUCGACGGGUAA